AUGGAUAAAUCAAACCAGAUAGAGAAUGUUGAGGAGACGUUAAUGGAGGACGAAGAAGCGGCUAAUGCUGAACCUUUCACUCAAGGGACAGAGAAAAGUGAUUCUGAUGAAAAAUCGCCGCCUCUUCGUGAUAUUGUUGUUGACAUAAUAACAAACUAUGUGACUGCUGGACAAGAGAGUCAUGCCGAUAAUGAUAAUGAUACUGAUGCUGAUGAGUUAUGCGCUGUGCGGGAUGCGUUUGAGACCAUGAUGUCGCAAGGUUUAAGGGAUUAUGAAAAAAAGUUGCAGCUUGAGAAUCUAAUGAAUCUUGGACCUGGAAAAAGAAAAGAGUUGAGUAACGAAUGGAAAGCGUUAUGCGUCGAGGAAAUGAAACUGAUUGCCAAGAAGCUUAGAUUCUCGGCAAAGCUUGCAGAGGCAGUGAAUUGA